AUGUUUAGAUCUGUUUUUAUUAAGUUACUAUCAAGAGAAAUUAUAACAGACUCAUACUCGGUUGAAAACGAGGUCUUUAUAAUAUCAGAAGAUGCCGAUUUUACCCUUAACUCAGAUAUGGUCAUUCAAAUUAUGGCAAAUAAACUUCAAACACUUACAAUUCAAGGAACUGUUACAACUAUUCCUGACUUCCCAGGAUUCAAACUUGUUAAAAAUAUUAAUAUUUUAGCUACAUCCGUUACAAGUAUUCCAAAACUCGGUUUCUAUCAGAACACCAAUAUUGAAAAUGUUAAUAUACAUGAAGGUUUAGAAGAAAUUGGAUCCUUGGCUUUCGCAGGUUCUUUAAUCAAAACAAUUAAUCUUAAUAAUGUCAAAAGAAUUAAUAACUAUGCAUCCCAGAAAUGCCCAAAUCUUCAAAGUAUUGAAACCACACUGUUGGCAUCUUUAGGAAUAGCUCCAUUUUAUGGAUCUGGAAUUGAGAGCCUUACUUUAGGAGGUUCUUUCACAAAACUUCCGAGAUCCAUGUGCCAGAACUGUUACAAACUUAAAACUUCCAAGAUCAUUGCCUCAACAAUAACAAUUCCGCAAGAAUGUUUCGAAAAUUGUUAUUUAUUAGAGAAUUUCAUCUUCGAAGGUACUUCAUUUGCUAUCGGAAACCUUGCAUUUGCAUAUUCCGGUCUCAAAUCCUUUGAUUUUUCGAAAGUUACGACAGUUUCUGAUUAUGCCUUCCAAAAUUCUCUUCUUGAGACUGUAGAAGUAACUGAAAUCAAUGGUUUAACGUUUAAUAAUAACGUUUUCAUUUACUGUAACAAGCUAACAAGUGUUAGUUUGGAUGUUUCCGGAAUAAAUUACGAUAACAGUGACGGUUUGUUCUCAUUUUGUGCAUCAUUAGUUACAGCAACAUUGCAUUCCUCAGUAACCUCUCUUCCGAAAGGAAUCUUCAAAUGUUGUUCAGUACUCAAGACAAUUAAUGCUCCAGGCAUCACAAUUUUACUUGACAGAGCACUUGAAAACUGUCCAGUAUUAGACACCUUAUCAUUCUCAGGCAAUGUUAUCUCAAAAAUCGGAUAUUUGGCCUGUUAUAACUCUCCAUUUAUUAAUCUGAAAACAUCGGGGACACAAAUUUUCGAACGAUCAUUAGCAGGAAACAAAGUCAUUGAAUGGCUUUCACUUAAAAACGCUCAUUACUACGGAUGUGCCAAUAUGACGGCAUUAACAACCGUUGUUUUGACAUCUGGCAGCAAUAUUGCAGAAGGAUGUUUCUGUCAUUGCACUUCCUUGCAAUCUGUAACACUUCCUUCGUCAUACACGAUUCUCAAAAAAUUUUCUUUUGCUUAUACAGCUCUUUCCAACGGUUUUGACCUUGGCCAAGUCACACGUAUCGAAAACUAUUGUUUCUAUGGUUCAGGAAUCACUUCAUUGAUUAUUCGAAAGAAUUUAGUUUUAUCUGAUCCUGUUGGCCAAUUCCAGAACUGCAAAUCAUUAACUAGGAUUUCUUUGAUGGCAGGAUCCAAUACGUUCUCUGCAGCUUUGAUAUUAGGAAAUAAACAACCAAUUGAAUUUGACACAACAGGAAACACUGUUUUUAGUUUUGCAAAUAAAAUAUUGAAAGGAAACAACAAAAUUUAUUACGUUUCUCCACUCGUUACAGGUAGUUUCACUGACGCAUCAUUUACUUUUAAUACGAUUGAAGAUAAUGCGUUUUCUUUCAAUAAAGAAGUGUCAGAUGUCACUUUUUCAAGGUUCUACGAUACAUGUUCAUUUUAUAAUUCUGGGAUAAGAUAUUUCACGUAUUCCACAUCAGUUACUGCCAAAUCACUUCCCAACAACAUGUUCUACAACUGUACACAAUUAGAACAAGUUGUUUUACCUGAUGGUUUGACGACAAUCAAAUAUUCAUGUUUUGAAAAUUGUAUCAAACUUGCUGAGAUAAAUAUCCCAUCAUCAUGUAACCAGCUUGGAAAAGCAUGCUUCAAGAAUUGCCAAAGUUUGACAGCUAUUGAUAUUUCAAUGGUAACUUUACUUUGGGCUGAAGUUUUCUAUGGUUGUACAAAAUUGACAACGAUUAUUUACCCAACAAAUCAAAUAACAAGAGGUAAUGGUAAUUUCACAUUCGCUAAUAUGGGAAUUACUGAAUUAGAUUUUGAUUUAAAGAUAGCAGAUUGGUCUGUUUUUACUUCAAUGUUUUAUGGUUGUCAGAACCUCAAAAAGUGUCAUUAUCUGCCAACAUCAAAUUCCUAA